AGCUGCUCCAACCUAAAAUGAUUUCGAAGUGAUUUGGGUAGAUGCUGUGAUAUCAAAGAGCACCCAUGCAGCUCCACUCCAAAUCUUCCUCUACUAUGUGAAGAUCUUUAACUUCUGUCACCAGGGAAGUUAAUCCGUAGUCGAUAGGGAUUUAUUUUUAUUUAUUUAGGAAUUAGGUUAGAACAAUGGAAUACAAAAUACAUGAGCGUAUUUGUACUGCAAAUUAAUCAUUUCCAUUCAAAGACAUUCAUAUUUCAUCAUAAUUCCGUGUGGUUUUCAUGCCUUAUGCACCCCUGCGGAAACUGUUACUAACGCAAUCGACGCCUCCAUGUGUAGGCUUUGAGUGUCCGCAGUGUAAAGGGAAUUGAUCUUAUUUUCCGGCUCUGAAUUACAGCCACCUGCACUGACCGCAAAAGACCUGAACUGCGAUUCCGAGAAUGGCAUUUAAAACAGGCAUCUUUAGAUUAUAAUGUCCACUCGUUGAUUUAUAUGCGGGGAGUUUCGAAAUGUCUACGUCAAUUUAUAACGUUGGAUUAGAACUCCAAUAACAUCAUAUUCCUUCCGCGAUAUGUGAAUGUAUCCUCGUGGUGCCAUAAAGGGUCGUUGAGGUCUCAAUGCAGACAGCGCGGGGGUCAUAACAAGUCCCCAGAAUGUCCAAGUGGUACAGGGACCUUUUUUUACGUUAAGGGAGAAGAGGAGGGCCGGUGUGGCAGUUUAAACUACAAAAGCGCUGUAGUCUACAAAAGUGAAAGUAAUGUCAAAAGGCACGCUUGCACAACGUCCAGAACAGACACUAAAAGGGGGAAUCCUAAUGGUUACCAAGGCAACAUGACAAUAGACUUGGCAUGGAUCAUCAGAGCUUGUCUCUUUCAGGUGUGCCUGUGGAGAGCCUGUCUGUGUAAGGCGAAUGACUGCAUGCAUAACGAACUUCUGACAGAAAUGGUAGAACGUCUGCCAAAGGGCUAUUUGUUCAGAGUAAACAAAAGUGAGGAAACAUUUGUUGCAAAAGCCCUUAGCAGGUUCUAUGGGGAGAACUGUAAGAAGGACUUUGAAUGCAAAGAUUACACUGAAGACAAAACCAAUUCUACUGUAUGUUACUUACUGACCUGUCUGCAUGGGAAGGAACCUGAGUGUGUCUCCAGUGUCACAUACAGUCUAGCUGACGUGGAGUUGGUCAGUUUGAAAGGCUUCAAGUGUCUGGUUGAAGAUGCAUUCAAUCAGAAAUAUAAUUUGUCACAAGAACAAGAGGACGAAUGUGCUGAUGUUUUUGUUGAUGCAGUGAGAUGCCAAAAAGUAACUACACUUGAUACAAAAACUCCAACAAUAUAUACAACCACGUUACCCACCAUAAAUUACAAAACAACGUCGAUCCCGCCCAAAACGUCAUCAUCAACAACACCACCACCAUCAUCAUUAACAUUGUCAACAAUAUCAAACAGCAACAUGGAGUCACAAGAGCAGCGAUUACAAAGGAAGGUCAUAUCAGUCAGUACAUUGUUAGCUCUCUCUCUGAUAGCUAAUAUCCUCCUUUUGGGUGUUGUCAUCUUGCGGACCCGGGGGAGACACCAGCAUGAGGGCGUGUCUCUUGCCAUGCCUGAACUGACAGUAUUGAACGCAGUAGAGGUAAAUCAUCUGAUGCAGAACGACAACGGAGAUGCUCUGCAGCACUGACCCCCGUUCUGUGGAAUAAUCCAUCUCUCUUCCACCUGCCACCAUUUCCCCCUCGCUUUCAUUGGACAAAUAUAUAUCAUGAGCCAAAGAAAAGGAGCCAACAGUCCUGCCUCUCUCUCUCUCUCUCUCUCUCUCUCUCUCUCUCUCUCUCUCUCUCUCUCUCUCUCUCUCUCUUGCUCUGCUCUCUCUCUCUUGCUCUCUCUCACACACACGCUUCACACUUCCAGGGCUGAGGCCACAACUCUUCUUCUCCUGCCACUGGGAUUCUGGAGUUACUGUUGCAGACAUUAAUCAAAUCUCCCCUCCGUGUGUUUUAAUGAGGAGAAUGGGAGAACUAAUAAAUGUCCGUCUGUCAAGAGUCUCUAAAGAACAAGACAUGGAUUAAGGGAACACGGUGGUCUUGAAUGUCACCCCCUGCCUUCAGCUGUCCGUUCAGCCCAAAGAUAAGAUGUUCACGUAAAUGGGAAGAAAAUAGUGAGAUGAACAACAAGAUGAACCCUUUAGGGACGUACAUUAAAACUAAGAUGGUCGGAUAUUGAGUAUUAUUGUACUUUGCUGAAGUACAUUACUUUACGAACAGAGCCUGCAUCCAUUCCUGACUGUGUUUGGAUGAUGUGGCUGUGUUACUUGAUGAAAGGGGAUUUUAUGACGCAGAGGGAAAGAGAAAUAUCAAAGGAGUAAAUCAGUGAAGAAAAAAAUAUUAAAUAAAUAAAGUGAAGACCAUUUUAUGUACAAAGUGCGUAUAUAUUUAGAGUACCAGUCAAAUUUUGAACACACCUACUAAUUAAAAAAAAAAAUUUUGGACUAUUUUCUACAUUGUAGAAUAAUAGUGAAUACAUCAAAACUAGGAAACAAGACAUAUGGAAUCAUGUAGUACCCAAAGAAGUGUUAACCAAAUCAAAAUAUGUUUUGUAUUUGAGAUUCUACAAAGUAGCCACCCUUUGCAUGAUGACAGCUUUGCACAGUCUUGGCAUUCUCUCAACCAGCCCCACGAGGAAUGCUUUUCCAACAGUCUUGAAGGAGAUCUCACAUAUGCUGAGCACUUAUAAGAGCGUCUGCUAAAUGACCUAAAUGUAAAUGUAAAUGUAUGCUGCUUUUCUUUCACUCUGCGGUCCAACUCAACCCAAACCAUCUCAAUUGGGUUGAGGUUGGUGAUUGUGGAGGCCAGGUCAUCUGAUGCAAUACACCAUCACUCUCCUUGGUCAAUAUCCCUUACCCCACCUGGAGGUGGGUUGGGUCAUUGGCCUGUUGAAAAACAAAUGAUAGUCCCACGAAGAGCAAACCAGAUGGGAUGGCGUAUCGCUGCAGAAUGCUGUGGUAGCCAUGCUGGUUAAUGGUGCCUUGAAUUUUAAAUAAAUCGCAGGCAGUGUCACCAGUAAAGCACCAUCACACCACCUCCUCCAUGCUUCACGGUGGGAAUCACACAUGCGGAGAUCAUCCGUUCACCUACUCUGCGUCUCACAAAGACACGGCGGUUGGAACCAAAAAUUUCACAUUUGGACUUAUCAGACCAAAGGACAGAUUACCACCGGUCUAUUGUCCAUUGUUCGUGUUUCUUGGCCCAAGCAAGUCUCUUCUUAUUAUUGGUGUCCUUUAGUAGGUGUUUCUUUGCAGCGAUUAGACCAUGAAGGCCUGAUUCACGCAGACUCCUCUGAACAGUUGAUGUUGAGAUGUGUCUGUUACUUGAACUCUGUGAAGCAUUUUUUGUGGGCUGCAAUCUGAGGGGCAGUUAACUCUAACUUAUCCUCUGCAGCAGAGGUAACUCUGGGUCUUCCUUUCCUGUGGUGGUCCUUGUGAGAGCCAGUUUCAUCAUACUGCUGAUGGUUUUUGCGACUGCACUUGAAUAAACUUAUUUGAGCAAUUUAUUUACCAAAUAGGGCUAUCAUCUGUAUACCACCCCUACCUUGUCACAACACAACUGCUUGUCUCAAAUAUGCUAAGAAGGAAAGAAAUUCCACAAAUGAACUUUUAACAAGGCACACCUUUUCAUUGAAAUGCAUUCCAGGUGUCUACCUCAUGUAGCUGGUUGUGAGAGAAUGUCAAGAGUGUGCGAAGCUGUAAUUAAGGCCAAGGGUGGCUACUUUGAAGAAUCUCAAAUAUAAAAUGCAUUUUGAUUUGUUUAACACUUUUUUGGUUACUACAUUUAUUCCAUAUGUGUUAUUUCAUAGUUUUGAUGUCUUCACGAUUAUUCUACAAUGUAGAAAAUAGUAAAAAUAAAGAAAAACCCUUGAAUGAGUAUGUGUGUCCAAACUUUUGACUGGUACUGUAAAAACACUACCGUUUAAACGUUUGGGGUCACUUAGAAAUGUCAUUAUUUUCCAUGAAAACAUACAUGAAAUGAGUUGCAAAAUGAAUAGGAAAUAUAGUCAAGAUGUUGACAAGGUUAUAAAUAAUGAUGUUUCGUUGAAAUAAUAAUUGUGUUCUUUGCGUUCAUCAAAGAACCCUCCAUUUGCAGCAAUUACAGCCUUGCAGACCUUUGGCAUUCUAGUUGUCAAUUUGUUGAGGUAAUCUGAAGAGAUUUCACCCCGUGCUUCCUGAAGCAACUCCCACAAGUUGGAUGGGCACUUCUUACGUACCAUACGGUCAAGCUGCUCCCACAACAGCUCAAUAGGGUUGAUAUCCAGUGACUGUGCUUUGAGUCAUUGAAAUUGGCUCCAACUAUGCGCCGUCCACAAGGGAUGGCAUGGCUUUGCAAAAUGGAGUGAUAGCUUUCCUUCUUCAAGAUCCCUUUUCCCCUUUACAAAACACCUACUUUACCACCACCAAAGCACCCCCAGACCAUCACAUUGCCUCCACCAUGCUUGACAGAUGGCGUCAAGCACUCCUCCAGCAUCUUUAAAUUUUUAUAUAUAUAUAUAUACUUUUUUAUAUUUAACUAUUUGCUUUGAUAUCUGCACCUUGUGAUGAGCAUUACUAACAACAUAAAACUUCUGUACCAUGUCUAUGUGUUGCAGAGACUGUACAUAGUGGGUGUGUGUGUGAACUAUGUUUAAAUGACCUAUGUUCUCUUUUGGUACAGUAAGAGAUGUUGUUUUUUCCUAAUCAGUGUUAUGCCAAGACAUAUUUUUUAUAGGCGGGACUCAAAAGCCCCAACAAUGUUUUAUUGAAAGGGGACGUUAUUGUUGUGCUGUAUCCAAUUUGUAAAGAAUCUUUACAUCUAAAAAAGCUUGUUAAUACGUGUUUUAUACACACAAUCUGUUUAAUAACAUACUUUGUGGUCUAGUUUCCCUGACACAGAUUAAGUCUAAUCCAAGACUAAACAUUUACUUCUGUGGAUAUUCUCCAUUGAGCAUGCUUUUAACUCCGGGACUAGGUUUAAGAGCUAUAUUCAGCCUUGUCCAAAUAAAAACCAUGCCCUUCUUUUUAAAUCUA